AUGGCUUUUGCAUCUGCGCUUGUACUGAAGAUAUGGCUGAAAUUGUGGAUGAAUUUGGAGACUGGAGACAGUGGCGAUGACGGAGGCAGCAAAAAUGAAGUUGAAAAUAGCGAUCGAAAUGCUUUGCAGAAUGCGUAUAGCGAUCUUGAAAUAAUGGAGAAUUUAAGAAAUGAUGUACUAGACAAAUACUUCAGACAGCUGCAAGCACGGAUUGUAGCUCAAAGGUGCUCUAAAGAAUACAAUGGGGGAGCGUUCUGGGUGCUGCCGCCUGAUCCAUUCUUUGCUGUUAUCAAAAUGUUCGAGUCCGAGACCGCUGUACUAUCCUCGUGUAUUCCUUUGGAUGCCGCGUCUCUUGACCAAAGUCAUUGCAAGUCUAAAAUGCCAGAGCUGUCAAUCUCGCCUUAA